CCAUCCAGCUGUGCCUGCAACAUCGUCACACUCAUGUGUAAACUGCAAGGAGAUCCAGGUCUAAACUGAAAUCUUCCUAACCAUCCCCAUCCAUUUUCCACUACAUACAUUGCAGAGAGGUAUCCUGGUAAAGUACGAAAGAAAAAGGAUCGUGGAGGCUGGAAAGGGACGUUCGUUAUCUGGCCACAAUCGGAGGACGCGAUUCUUCAAGUGGUUAUUUCUGACAUAAUCUCAGACCCUUUCCAUCGCCAUGUCAGUGAAGUCGGAUGGGAAGAGGAAGUGGGCGACAGUGAGGGGCCAUCUGGGCUCCUCCCAGGACUCAGACACCCAGCUGGAGGCCAACCUGGAGAGUGCAGACCCAGAGCUGUGCAUCCUCAUGCUCCAGGUGCCCAGUGUGGUCAACUACUCUGGGCUGAAGCGUCGUCUGGAGGGCAGCGAGGAGUCCUGGAUGGUCCAGUUCCUGGAGCUGAGUGGGCUGGACCUGCUGCUGGAGGCCCUGGACAGUCUGUCUGGGAGGGGCUGCUCCCGCAUCGCAGAUGCCCUCCUGCAGCUCACCUGUGUCAGCUGUGUCCGGGCCGUCAUGAACUCCUCGUCUGGGAUCAACUUUAUCGUGGAGAAUGAGGGCUACAUCCGCAAACUCUCCCAAGCCUUGGACACGUCCAACACCAUGGUGAAGAAGCAGGUGUUUGAGCUGCUUUCUGCCCUGAGCAUGUACUCCUCUGAUGGGUACCGUCUGGCCAUGGAUGCCUUGGACCACUACAAGGGUGUGAAGACCCAGCAGUAUCGCUUCAGUGUGAUCAUGAACGAGCUGCAGGCCACAGACAACGUGCCCUACAUGGUCACCCUCCUCAGUGUCAUCAACGCCAUCAUCUUUGGGACAGAUGACCUGCAACAGAGAGAUAAGAUGCGCAAGGAGUUUAUUGGAUUACAGUUACUUGAUAUACUGCCCAAAUUGAGAGAUGAGGAGGAUGAGGACUUGAUCAUUCAGUGUGAAGCGUUUGAAGAGGCUAUGGUUGAGGAUGAGGAGGAGCUGUUGAGGGUCUAUGGAGGCAUCGACAUGAGCAGUCACCAGGAGGUGUUCACCACCCUCUUCAACAAAGUGAGCAGGUCUCCGUCAUCCCUCCAGCUGCUGUCCAUCCUACAGGCCCUGCUGCUGCUGGGACCCGACAGGGCUGACAUCUGGCAGACCCUGGAGGCCCUCACUAACAGGGCCAUACUGCUGGAUCAAGACUCUCCAAUGGACUCCUGUGAGACGAUUAUGCAACGCCUGGUGUUCUCCAAGCGCAAGACUGCUGGUGUCCAUGCUGUGGAUGGUCUGCCACCCAAGAAGAUUGAUAAGGCUGUUCAGACUGAUAAGGUGGACAAUGACCAAGAAAGACUGACCAAAUGCCCCACAACCUCCCAAGUGUCUUCUGUUCCACCACCCUCACACCCUUCCCUUCCUCCUCCCCCCGCUCCGACACUACCACACACAGGAGGUGGAGUACCCCCACCACCUCCACCUUUACCAGGGAUGGGGGUGCCCCCAGGGUGCCCACCCCCACCCUUGCCCGCUAUGUCAGGCAUGCCUCCAACACCACCACCACCUCCUCCUGGCAUGGGUGAGAUGGGGGUGGCCCAAAGAAGCCAAUCCCUGGGGUGUGCCUGUUCUGCCUCCUCCAAGGCAGGCCGCUGCCCCACCCUGAGGAUGAAGAAGCUCAACUGGCAGAAGCUCAGAGCUGUCACUGAUGGUCAUUCCAUGUGGACCUCUGCUCAGAAAGACGCUCCUCGGGAGCCCAACUACUCCAGCAUUGAGCAGCUGUUCUGUCUCCCGGUGACCGAACACAAAGGCAAGGGGGCAGCUGCUCCUGUCAAGAAGGAGCCUAAAGAGAUCUCCUUUAUUGGCGUAAAGAAGAACUUGAACUUGAACAUAUUUCUCAAGCAAUUCAAAUGCUCACAUGAUGAGUUUGUGUCCUUGAUUCAGAAUGGGGAUCGGACUAAGUUUGAUGUGGAGGUGUUGAAGCAACUUGUUAAACUCUUACCUGAGAAACAUGAGAUAGAAAACCUGAAAUUCUUCCAGGGUGAAAAAGACAAGUUGGCCAAUGUUGACCGAUUCUACAUCUCUAUCCUGGCUGUGCCAUGUUACCAGCUGAGGAUAGACUGCAUGUUGCUGUGUGAGGAGACGGCCUCAGUACUGGACAUGCUCAAGCCCAAAGCAGAGGUGGUUGAAUCAGCAUGCCAGUGUCUCAGAGUGAGCACUCUCAUGCCCAGUUUCUGCAGGCUCAUCCUUGAUGUGGGAAACUUCCUCAACUACGGAUGUCACACAGGAAACGCUGAGGGCUUUAAGAUCAGCUCCCUGCUGAUGCUAACUGAGACUAAGGCCAACAAGAGCCGCAUUACCCUGCUCCAUCACAUUCUGGAGGAAGUAGAGCUGAACCACCCAGAGCUGUUGUACCUCCCUGACGACAUUGAGAUUUGUGAAAAAGCAGCUGGAAUCAACCUGGACUCCAUUCAGGCAGAGGCCAGUGCCUUACUCAAUCGACUGAAAGAAGCAUCAAAGAAAGUCUCUAACUCUGUGGACGAUGUAAAGCAGCAGUUCACAGAGGUGUUUGAGAAAAACCUGGAGGCCUGCCGAGAUUUGGAGGAAUUUUUUUGGGAGAUUGUGAGGAAGAAGGGUGACCUGGCCCUCUACCUGUGUGAGGAUAUCAACAAUCUUUCCCUGGAGGAGCUUUUUGGCACCAUCAAGACCUUUAGGGGACUUUUCAUCAAAGCCUUAAAAGAAAACAAAACCAGAAAAGAGCAGGCUGUGAAGGUGGAGAAAAGGAAGAAGCAGCUUGAGGAGGAGGAAUCCAAAAGACAGAAGGGGGAGAACGGAAAAAUAAUCCGGAAAGGACCCUCGCCACAGGACGAUGGCUGUAUUAUCGACCACCUUCUUGCUGACAUCCGGAAAGGCUUCCAUCUCAGGAAGAUGCGGCCCAGGUGCGAAAUGGAAAGCCCCCCCUCUAGUGAAAUGAAUAGGAAAAUGGGCCAGCCUGGAUCAAGUGUCAAGCAUGUAAUAGAAGAAGCCAAAGCCUCUGUCUCAGAAGCCUCUAGCACUCCCAGUCAAACUCAACCCCAGGCAGAGGAGAGGGCCCCAAGAGAAGGAAUGAACGAAUGCCCCAGCAAACCCCAAGAAAAAACAGUUUUUUCCAGCCUUCCCACAACCAAUUCACCAACACAGGAGAUUCCGGGAAUGGGUGUCCUAAAUAACACUCCAAGCAUCUCUACCUUCACAGAUGCAGACCUGCCUGAAAUCAACCUGAUGGUAACAGAGGACUUGAUGCCUGAAUGUCCACAGAGCAAUGGAGAGAGUCACCUUAAUGGAGCCCGCACACUUCCUGUCACUGAUAUGGACAUGAUGAUAGAGAGUAAUGGUGAAAGCAACCUGAUAGGAAAAACCAUUGGCCAAGAUGAAGUUGGAGGUAAGAGCAACAUUAUGAUGGUAAAGACUUUAGGACAAGAUGAGGCUGGGGAUGACAUGAUGGUGAAGAUGGUGGCACAGGAUGAGGGUAUAACUAAUGGACACCCGGACACCAAUGGCAGCACAGACACCAACGGCAACGUACCUAUGGUCAGUGCUGCAGAAAGUGGACCGGCGUACGAUGUGCCCGAUGGAGUGGACUCUGAAGAUCUGCUCUCAUCAGUGUCCAAAGCUCUGCCUGCCUCUGCAUCUGAAACCCUAAAACCAGAGGGUAAAAAACAGCAGAAGCUCUUUAGAAGAAACAAAAAGAAGAGUAAUGAAGGUAACACUGGAAAUGGACACCCUAAAUGUAAAAAGGGGUGUGUGUUGCAGUGAGGCAAUUCCCGGAAAUGGAAGUCAAGAGGGAAAAGAAAAUGUUGAUUUUUCCAUACAUGGUUUCUGCACAUUGUAAUGGACUACAUCAGGGGUCGGCAACCCUGUUCCUGGAGUGCCGCAGGUGUUCCAACUAGGCACCAUAACAGGGGUGCGUUCAGUUCGCUCAAACGUUUGCUACAUUGUGAACGGUUUGUAUUGAACCACACGUUUUCCCAAAAUGUUAUUGUACUUUCUUGAACAGACUUUGAGAUACGUUUGCUCCGUUCUGUGAGUGUGCGGGGGUGUGGCUUGACGCAACAAGUGAUGUAUUUAAAGGGACGCUGUGCGUUUGAACCCACAACCCAACUUCUCCCCGUUUGUCAACUGGUUGUUCAGUACAGCAUCGUUUCCAUUCAAUUUAAUGUUCUGUUACGUUUUUAUGUACUGAACACAGCCCUGACCAACUGAGCUAAUUGAUCAAUUUAGCGAUUGCCCCCAAUUUAUCACACCUGGUCUUCCAGGUCGGUUAGAUUUGUGGCACACCAGGACCAGGAUUUCCUACCCCUGGAUAACAUUAUAUUGAACUACAUUGAUUCAUCCAGGAAGAUAUUAGCAUGGUCUUCCUUCCUUUGAUAAUUUUGAGUUCUUGAAACAUUUGUGAAAUAAACAGGAAAAACUGCUAUGGUUCCCUGGCCAGGUUGAUUUGUAUUCUACCAAGAGGCUGUUGUGUUCCACAAGGCUACUGUUUUUAGUCUCUGCACAGCCUCAAUCCCAGCAAAUUUACUCUGUCGCUGAAACCUGGUCUCAGAGCAUUUCGUAUUUUUCUGUACGUAAAUCCGAGGCACCAUUUAUUAUUGUAUGUUUCGUAUGGUAUGUAUUAAUUUAUGGAUGUCCAUUACCCAUUUUGUAUGAUAUUUUACAAAUUACAAUUUGUAUUAUAUGUUACAAAUUUACAAAAUGUACAAUAUGUUGCGAAUCUGCGAAAGGUAUGAUAUGUUACAAAUUCUGUCUAGGUGGCUAACGUUAGCUAGCUGGCUUACAUUAGCUAGGCUAGGUGUUAAGGUAAAGUUGAGGUUUAGGAGUUAGGUUAAAGGGAUAUGGUAAGGGUUAGCUAAAAUGGUUAGGGGGAGGGCUAGCUAACAUGUAAAGUAGCUAAAAAUGUAGUAAGUAGUUGAAAAGUUGCUAAAAUACUAAAGUUGUCCGUGAUGGGAUUAGAACUCAAAACCUCUUGGGUUUCUAGACGUUUGCGUUAUGCCACCCUGUUUUUGACCAAAGUAACCGUCUGUCUUAUGUAACAAUACCUAACAUAUCAUACUAAUUUGACUGUCCUGGAUUUACAAGUACUAUGUUACGUCUAGUCUAUGAGACCAGGCUGGGUCAACAUUCUGUCACUUUAGGUGUUCUAUACUGAAGAAUAAAAAGUGUAUGUACUUUUUGUUAUUGUUUUGUAUUUGUUGGAAUAUAAAAACACAGGCUACAUUUCCAAAGCUAUAAAUAACCUCCAGCACAGUUGGAACCAAAUUCGUGUCUAUUUCACAAUAAACUUUGAUAGUGUGUUGGUUGGAACAGUUGUGCUGAAAAUAGUAUUCCAGUCUUUUGUGAAUGUCGUGAACAUGUUUUAAACGUUUUGAUUCCACACAUGGCAUAUAGGAAAAAAAAAUCAGCUUUCUUCCUGCUGUUAUCAAUAACUAACUUAUUUCUACAAUUAUAAUUUACAAUACAAUACACGUGUAUUAAACCCCGAGGGGCAAUUCGUUCAGGACGGACAGGGUUCUUCAGUAGGACAAACACACAGACAGUAUAAAAUAUGAACACUUAAGGCAUCUAUUAAAAAUGUAUAGUGCAAUUUUAGGUAAGUUAAUUAAGCCCUGGAAGUUUACUAUCUCUAGAAAUGUGAUAGCUUAGACGGUGCCAUGUUAGCAAAUAGACUAACAGAAUUAGUAUCGAAUAUUGAUUCUGGAGUAUAAUAAAAGAUGAAUUCACA